AAUUAAUAUUUGUCGAUAAAAGAGCAUAAUUUAUUUCAGAAAUAAUAAAUUUGUCUCAAAUUUGUAUAACAACUAAUAUGACUGAUAAUACUUUACUAAUCUUUGGUCUCGUAGUGUUGACCAUUGUCUUAGUGUUGAUUGUCUUAUUGAUAGUUAUUUGGAUUUACAGAUAUAAACUGAGAAAACGUUUAAAAGGCGGACAUAAUUUUGUAAUUAAAAAAACUCCCAAAACGGUUGUCUUAGGCAAACAUAUUAAGACUCAACGAGACAUCGACAUUGACAGUAGUGAAUCAUCUGUGGACUCCCGUGAGGCCAAAAGAAACGGUUCGGAUAGUAAACUAUCACCAAUGGUUUCGGGAGGAUUUACAGUUUCCGAUAGUCCACCGAAGUCGUCGGCAGACUAUGAUUUGGAUGUAAAAAGCAUUACUGAUAGACAACCACAACUUAAACCAUCAGAAAUAAAGUCAUCAGAUAUGAGGAAACAAUCGAUGCGAUUAACUGAUGUUAAGUCAAACAACAAAUUGAAUGAAACGAAAAAUAUUGUCAUCGCUAACAAUAGCAACAACACUGCUGUUAAAGACCUUAAGACUAAGACAAUCGAUACUAAUGUUAGUCCAAAGAAAUCACAGACAGGAUCGCCAUCAUCUCCGCCGUCGUCUCCGCCAUCGUCUUCGACAUCGUCUCAGCCAUUGUCUCAGCCAUUGUCUCAGCCAUCGUCUCAGCCAUCGUCUCAGCCAUCGUCUCAGCCAUCGUCUCAGCCAUCGUCUCAGCCAUCGUCUCAGCCAUCGUCUCAGCCAUCGUCUCAGCCAUCUUCUCCACCAUCGGCUAAAAGCAAUCUUCUGGCGGCAAAAUCACAACAAUCGCCGAAAUCAACAUUCAAAUCACAGAUCCAACCUAUGGAGUCAUUGGGGUUUGAUGUCAAAAGUCAGACACUGGGAUCUAAUUUGAGUUAUGCACCAUAA